CCGAUCUGGGACUGGUUCCUCCAGGUCGCGCACGGACCGAAAGAGUCAGAAACGCGCGAACGAUCGAACCGAGCAGACGGGAAGGAUCCGGUUCUCCCGUCCCGGUCGGGUAAGCCAGAAAAAAAGAAAAAAAGAAAAUAAGUGUAAAUCAGAACCAACAGGAAGUGUGUGUGUGUGUGUGAGAUAAGCUGUGUCUUGGGCCGUGGUACCAAGCGAUAAGAAACUUUGAAUAGCUAGUGUGCUGUGCAGUGAAGCGAGCAUUGUCUCGUUCAUCUGGAGCGGUCUGAUAGCCCCUUCUCAUAGUCCGCUUAUCGGACGGGUUGAGAUGGGUGGCAUCACAGCACUAGCUACGAUCACCGUCCUGGUGGUGCUAACCAUCGGAACGGCUCGAUCGGAGCUUACGCCACCAUACUUUAAUCUGGCCGAAGGACGAAGAAUUGUUGCCAGUGCCACGUGUGGCGUUGGUACCGAUGGGCCCGAACUGUACUGUAAACUGGUUGGUGCAAACACAGAAAAUGAUCAUCAAAACCAAUACUCGGUCAUCCAGGGACAGGUUUGCGAUGUAUGCGAUCCGAACGAUCCCGACAAAAGCCACCCGCCGGAGUAUGCCAUCGAUGGUACGCAAAACUGGUGGCAGAGUCCUCCGCUGUCUCGUGGCAUGAAGUACAACGAAGUUAACCUUACGAUCGACUUUGAUCAGGAAUUCCACGUGGCUUAUCUGUUUAUUCGUAUGGGCAACUCGCCCCGUCCGGGAUUGUGGUCGCUUGAGAAAUCUAGCGAUUACGGCAAAACGUGGACACCCUGGCAACACUUCUCCGACUCACCCACUGAUUGCGUGACGUACUUUGGGCCGGACAGUUUGAAACCGCUCCAGAACGAUGACGACGUUAUCUGUACGAUGGACCACUCGAAGAUUGUACCCCUCGAGGGUGGUGAGAUUCCGAUUCGUUUGCUAAACAAUCGUCCAUCGGCGAACAAUUACUUCAACUCGUCCACGCUGCAAGAAUGGAGCAGAGCUACGAACGUGCGCAUCCGUCUGCUGCGUACGAAGAACUUGCUCGGACAUCUUAUGUCCGUAGCGCGGCAGGACCCUACCGUUACGAGACGUUACUUCUACUCGAUCAAGGAUAUCUCGAUCGGUGGACGUUGUGUGUGCAACGGUCAUGCUAACACGUGUAACGUACUGGAUCCUCGCUCGCCGAGACGCAUUCUGGCCUGCCAAUGCCAGCAUAACACGUGCGGCGUUCAGUGUGCGGAGUGUUGUCCCGGAUUCCAGCAGAAGAAAUGGCGACAGAACACCAACGCAAGGCCUUUCCAGUGUGAACCGUGUAACUGUCAUGGACAUUCGGAUGAAUGUAUCUACUCGGAGGAGAUCGAUGAGAAGGGUCUGUCGCUGGACAUCCAUGGUAACUACGAGGGUGGCGGCGUUUGUCAAAACUGCCAGCACAACACAAAGGGCAUUAACUGCAACCAGUGCGAGGACAAGUUCUAUCGCCCGUAUGGUAGAUUCUGGAACGAAACGGAUGUUUGCCAGCCUUGCGACUGCGAUCACUUUUACUCGACCGGUAACUGCGAGGAGGAAACGGGUCGCUGUGAGUGUCGGGCUGAGUUCGAGCCACCGCUUUGUGACGCUUGUUCGUACGGUCACUUUGGGUAUCCCAAUUGUCGGCAGUGCGAGUGCAACUUGAACGGCACGAUCGGAUACUACUGCGAGGCGGUGAACGGUACCUGUCCCUGCAAGCACAAUUUUGACGGGCCGCAUUGUAAGCAGUGCGCCAAGGAGUACUACGGCUUCCCGGACUGCGAUCCUUGCGAUUGUAACAUGCACGGGUCGGUGGACAGUGUUUGUGACGAGGGUAGCGGUCAGUGUCAGUGCAGACCCAACUUCGCUGGACGACUCUGCGAUUCUUGCAAGGACGGAUUUUAUAGGUAUCCGGAUUGUACAUACUGCAACUGUGAUGUUCGCGGUACGUUGGACGAGGUGUGCGAUAAGAACAGUGGAACCUGCCUGUGUCGCGAAGGUUACGGUGGUCCCCGGUGCGAUCAGUGCAUUCCUGGCUAUUACAACUAUCCCGACUGUGUGCCUUGCAACUGUUCUAGUGCGGGCAGCACAUCGACCGUUUGUGACAUCACGGGACGCUGCUCGUGCUUGGAGAACUUUGGUGGCCGACAGUGUACGGCCUGCUUGGCCGGAUACUACCAGUACCCGGAGUGUUUGCCGUGCAAUUGCGAUUCGUACGGUUCGCUGGCCAAAUCUUGCACAAACGAUGGACAGUGCCAGUGCAAGGAUAACUUCGAUGGCAAGAAUUGCCAGCAGUGUAGAGAAGGGUUCUACAACUUCCCGGCCUGCGAGGAGUGCAACUGUGAUCCGGCCGGUGUGAUACCCCGCUUUGCCGGGUGCGGCUCCGUACCGGCUGGUGAGCUGUGCCAGUGUAAGGAGCGUGUACAUGGUCGAAUCUGUGACAAGUGUCGUCCGCUGUACUGGAAUCUUACCGCCUCGAAUCCCCAUGGUUGCCAGGAGUGUGAGUGCUUUAUCGAUGGUACGAUCGGUGCGCUCGACACGUGCGACACAAAGUCGGGCCAGUGUGCCUGCAAACCGUCGGUAACGGGACGCCAGUGUACGGAGUGUAAGGAUGGCACGUUUGAUCUGUUUGGAUCGAACCUGUUCGGGUGUAAGGAUUGUGGUUGCGAUAUCGGUGGUGCGGCGGACAAUGUUUGUAACAAGGAAACGGGCCAGUGCCGCUGUCAUCCGCGCGUUUCAGGCCGUACCUGUUCCUACCCGCUGACCACACACUACUACCCGACGCUGUACCAGUACCAGUUUGAGUACGAAGAUGGCUAUACGCAGUCUGGGGCGCAGGUGCGCUACCAGUUCCACGAGGACAUUUUCCCCGGAUUCAGUAGCCGCGGAUACGCCGUGAUGUCAUCGCUGCAAAACGAGGUCAUCAACGAGGUGCGGGUGCUGAAGUCGUCCGUGUAUCGGCUGGUGAUACGGUACAAGAAUCCCAAUCCGGACAAUGUCGUAGCAUCGAUUCUCAUUACACCGGACAAUCCAACGGAGGUGGAGCAGAAGACAAAGGUGCUGUUCAAGCCCACGGAAAACCCCGAGUUUGUGACGGUGUCUGAUGCGCGCGGCGAGGUCCCAUCGCCGGUGGUGCUGGACCCGGGCAGCUACACUAUCAGCAUCAAAACGGAGAAGACCGUCUUCCUCGAUUACUUUGUGCUGCUUCCGGCCGCAUACUAUGAGGCUUCCAUACUAACGAAAAAGAUCGAAACUCCGUGCGAGUUUAACGAUCCCAACCUGUGCCGACACUAUCAGUACCCGAGCGUUGCGCCAUACAACCCGCAGACGGAAGCGUUCAUCAUUGAGGAUGGGCAGAGCUACAAGCCGGUGGAGUUUUUCAAAGACUUUGAGCAUCUGCACGAGCUGAAGGAGCAGGAUUUGCCGACGCUGGUGGAAACGCAACGGGAGCUGUACUACCCGGUGGAGGUGCCACAUGCAGGCCGGUACGUUGUGGUCAUAGAUUACAUCACCUAUCGCAACAACCCGGAGGUGGGCAUCCUGCACGUCAAUCUGGUGGGCGAUCUAGAUCAGGACGGGUCGGCCACGGUUUAUCCGUGCACGUACACCACCGUCUGCCGGCAGCCAGUCAUCGAUCGGGAGUCGCGCGAGAAGAUAUUCUUCCUCGAUCCCAACAACCGGAAACCGAUCCUGGUGAGAAGUGUGGACGAGUCCAGUGCGACAGCGAUCAAAUCGGUCACGGCCAUACCGUACGAAGACUGGUCAACGGAUUACAUCCGCCCGAGCUCGGUGUGCGUGAUGCAGGAUGGCAAGUGUGUGCAGACUAGCUACCGUACAGCGCCUGACUCGAAGAAGAUUGAGUUCGAGACGGAAAAUGAGUAUCUCGUGGCGGAGGAAAUGCCACGGGAAGUAUCGGACAAUAACACCAAGCUGAUACUGCUCAAUGAAAGCCUCCAGGAUGUGACGAUCAAGGCAAAGGUACAGUAUCCGAAUCGGUACGUGCUGAUCGUGAAGUUCUUCCAGCCCGAUCACCCCGCAUACAAUGUGCACUAUCGGAUUGAGACGGAGCGACAGAACUAUGUCGGACGGCUGGUGGUUCGCCAUUGCCCGGCCAACAGUGGUUGCCGCGAGGUGCUGAAGCAGGACAACGGAUACAUUGAGUUCGAUCUGGAGGAUAAAAUUGAGCUGACGAUCCUUAACGGUGGCAGCACGCGGCUGUGGGUGGAUUACGUUCUGCUCGUGCCGGCCGACCAGUUCCACAACGGUUUGCUGCAGGAGGAAACGUUCGACCAAACGAACGCGUUCAUCCAGAACUGUGGCCAGGACCAUUUCUACAUCCAAACGAAUGCUAGCGAUUUCUGCAAGAAGGCCGUCUUUUCGCUUACCGCCGAUUACAAUAGCGGUGCACUGCCAUGCAACUGUGACUAUUUCGGCUCGACAAGCUUCGAGUGUGAACCGUUCGGUGGCCAGUGCCAGUGUAAGGCACACAUCAUUGGGCGUAAGUGCGAGGCGUGCAAAACUGGGUUCUACGGAUUCCCGGACUGCAAGCCGUGCAACUGCCCAUCGACCGCCCAGUGCCACAAGGAUACGGGUGAGUGCGUGUGCCCCGAUCGUGUGACGGGUGAAAAGUGCGAUCAGUGCGUACCGUACACGUUCGGCUUUGAUCAGAUAAUCGGAUGCGAGGAGUGUAACUGUAAUCCGCUGGGCGUGGCGAAUAAUAACUUGCAGUGCGACAUGGAGAGCGGCUUGUGCGAGUGUAAGUCGAACGUGGUCGGCCGAAAGUGUGACCGUUGCCAGUAUGGAUUCUUCAAUUUUCCCUACUGCGAGCCGUGCCACUGCGAUAUUCGCGGCACCACGUUCGAAAUCUGCGACCAGACGGAUGAGAGCUGUUUCUGCAAGAAGAACGUGCAGGGCCGGGAAUGCAACACUUGCGUGGAUGGUACGUACAAUCUGCAGGCAAGCAAUCCGGACGGAUGUACCAAGUGUUUCUGUUUCGGACAUACCAGCCGUUGCCAGACGGCGUUCUUGCGCCCUUUCAACGUGAGCAUGAUGAAGGAUAUGACGGUGAAUACGAUUCGUUUGUCCGGGGGCAAGGUCACGAUCACACCGUGGGUCAUGGCGGAAGAGAUCAUGCUGAAUGAAACGUCCGCCGAGGUGUCACUGAGCGGUUUCGACAAUCGCGACCCAUCGGCCGGCAUGGUUUACUUUGGCAUGUUGGAUCAUCUGUUCGACCUGAACAAUCAUCUGUCAGCGUACGGCGGCUAUCUGACGUACAAAAUCCUGUUCACGAACGGCCUGUUCGGCAGUUCGCUGAUCGGUGCGGACGUCAUACUCGAGGGCAAGCAGUUGGAAGUGAUGCACCAGAGCUACCGGCAACCGUCGUCGAAUCAACUGUUCAGCGGCAGCGUGGAGAUGGUGGAGAGCAACUUCCAAACAGCGGACGGUGGUCCAGUAAGCCGAGAACAGUUUAUGAUGCUGCUGCGCGAUCUGAAGAAUAUCUAUAUUCGGGCGUCCUACUGGGAGAACGGUCUCGCGACGGUUAUCUCGGACGUCAGUCUAACUAUGGCACAUGACGACUUGGAUCAGCCGCAUCUGUACCGCGAGCUGGCGGUUGAGAACUGCGACUGUCCGCCGGGAUACACGGGACGGUCGUGCGAAGACUGCGCACCAGGCUACUAUCGGGAUCCGAACGGGCCUUACCUUGGCUACUGUAUUCCGUGCGAGUGUAACGGGCAUGCAGCUACUUGCGACUGUAACACUGGCAUUUGUCACGACUGUCAGCAUUAUACGACCGGCGAACAUUGCGAUCAGUGCAUUGAAGGAUAUUACGGUAAUGCUACGCGCGGUACACCGAACGACUGUAUGAUCUGUGCCUGCCCGUUGCCGGUGGAGUCGAACAACUUUGCCACGUCGUGCGAGGUGUCUGAGGAUGGGUAUGAGAUACAUUGCGCCUGUAAGCCGGGUUACCAUGGGGAAAAGUGUCAGAGCUGUGCACCAGGCUACUAUGGGCAGCCUCAGGUGGAGGGUGAAUUCUGCAAACCGUGCGACUGUUCCGGCAACAUCAAUGCUGAGGAACCGGGAGCAUGCGAUUCUGUGUCGGGCGAAUGUUUGCUGUGUCUGAACAACACGUACGGCCGGGCAUGUAACUUGUGUGCGCCCGGUUUCUACGGUGAUGCCAUAAAUCUGAAGGACUGUCAGAGCUGCAUCUGCGAUAAGACCGGUAUGGACUAUUGCGACAACUUUAUCGGAACGUGCAACUGUUUGCCGAAUGUGAUCGGCGAAAAGUGCGAUCGUUGUGAGGAGGAUCACUAUGGGUUCGAAUCGGGACGUGGCUGUACGCCGUGCGACUGUGGCAUUGCAUCGAAUAGCUCGCAGUGUGAUGAUCACACUGGCAAGUGUGCCUGCAAACCGGGAGUGACGGGACGGCAGUGUGAUCGCUGUGAGCCCGGCUACUGGAACUACUCGGAGGAGGGCUGCGUGCCGUGCUCGUGUAACACCGACUACUCUCGAGGAUUGGGUUGCAAUGCGUUGACCGGUCAGUGUGAGUGUCUGUCGGGUGUGGUGGGUGAGAAAUGUGAUUCCUGUCCGUAUCGGUGGGUGCUGAUACCGGACACUGGCUGCCAGGAGUGUGACGUAUGCCACCAUGCACUGUUAGAUGUAACGGAUGGGCUCAAGCUCGAUGUUGAUCCGGUGCUGCAGGACAUCAAAACGAUCGCAGACGAUUACUACACGUCACAAAAGUUGAAAUACUUCGACGAUAUGGUGGAUGAGCUGGAACCGAAGGUGCGCAGUCUGGAUCCGCAUGGUGUCAAUUUGAAUCCGUCGCGCCAGAAGGUGGAAUCGCUAGAGAUGGAGGUGAAAAAUUUGGACCGUCGCAUUCAGUAUGCCGACGAGAACGCGAAGGACAUUUCCACCAAUAGCGAAAACCUGCUGGCUGCUGCAUCGAACGUGCUGGACGACUGCCGGCUGGUGCACAUCAACACGAAGAACACCAUUGACGAAGUGAUGAUACUAGGGGAGAAUCUUGGAUCGUCUGAAAUCACGAAGCUGGACCAAGCGUUUGCCGAAGCAAAGCACUAUCUGGACAAUAUUAAGCAAUACUCGACGACACCGGAGUCGCUCAACUCUCAGCUGGAGAAUGCGACACGCUUACUAGAGCGGGUUGAACAGUUCGGUGAACCGGUGCAGACACAACAUGAGAAGCUGGCCAAGCUGAUGCACGACAUUGGCGAGUUUGAUGUGAAGCUGGAAGACCUCUACACUUGGAGCUUGAAGGUGGAGAAGGAAAGUGGCAUCACUUCGAAGCUGAACAAUCAAAACAAGGGUUCAGUGAAUACGAAGUUUGACACGGUUUCGGCCCACGCGAAGGAAGCUACCGAGAACAUCGAAAACAGCAAAUUGCUGCUGGCCAAUUCGUCUAACAUCAUGAAGGACAUUGACAUCACGCACAAGGAGCUGGGCAACGUGAACAAAGAGCUUACCGAUUUGAACAACGCCGUCGAUAACGACUUGCCAAAUUCGUACGAUGAGUACCAGCAACUAAAUCCACAGAUCGAGCGUGCAUCGGCCCAUGCAAGAGACUUGGCGAUUGAAGCCAGUAGUUUGUCGGAUAAGUAUUCCGAUGUGUCGGCCAACUCGGAAACGGCGCUGCAGGCUGCGACGGCUCACUCGAAGAUUGUGGACGCAGUUAAGGAGGCUGGGGAUGGCAUUCGUAACGCUACGCACACCGCACAGAAGGCGACGGACCAGACGGAAGGUAUCGACAACCGAGCGGCCGAAUCGGACGCUGCUUCGCGUGAGUUGCUCAGCGAGGCUCGCCGUAUGUUUACCACUCUGCAGACGGAACUUGAGCCACAGAGCAAGCAGUCGAUCGAUACGGUCGAUGGUAUUAAGGAGAAGAACGAUCACAGCGACGACAUGCUGCACUCCAUCAAUGCCGCUCUGGACGGUAUUCCGGAAGAGUCGCACACGGACAGUUGGGAAAAUGCACGCGAUCAGGCAAUCGAAGCGCAGGCCAAGUCACACAAUUCGCUUAAAAUACUGGACCCAAUGAUCAGCGAUCUUUCCAAGAGUGUGUACAUGGCGGAACAACUGCCGAAAGAGGUGGACAACACGCAAAAGGACAUUAAGCAAGCAACGACACAGAUCGAGCGGCUCAAAACGAUGAUACCCAACAUCCGCCAGCUGGUGGAGAAGCUGGACACGAAGCAGAACCAGGUGGAUUCGAUCGUAAGCGAUAUUGGCGAUCGGCUGGAGGCGCUGAAGCGACAGAUCGGAGAGGCCCGAUCUGUUGCUAACACGGUCAAGGUCGGCAUGCAAUUCCACCCCAACACAACGGUGGAGCUAAAGCCACCGCAAAGCCUGUCCCAGAUGGCUACGAACUCCAACGUGUCCGUGUUCUUCCGCACGGACAAACCGGAAGGCUUUUUGCUGUACCUCGGCAAUGAAGUGAAGCCGGACGCGAAGAAGAGCUCGCGCGAUGAUUACAUGGCACUGGAGAUUGAGAAUGGCUACCCGGUGCUGUCGAUCGAUCUUGGAAAUGAUCCAGAGAAGGUGAUCAGUCCAAAGUAUGUGGCCGACGACAAGUGGUACCAGGCGAUCGUGGAGCGUACCGGUAACAACGUGAAGCUUAUUAUCCGCGAAGAGCUGGACAAUGGUACGGAUGUGUUCCAUACGAAGGAGCAGGUACUCCCCGGAGCGUACAACGUGUUCAAUGUGGACCAGAACAGCAAACUGUUCAUUGGCGGCUAUCCGCCAGAGUACAACAUGCCGCAGGACGUGAAGUCGAGCGAGUUUGAUGGCCGCAUCGAGCAACUGCAGAUCGGUGGCGAGCAUGUAGGGUUGUGGAAUUUUAUUGACGCCCAGAAUGUGUACGGAUCGCCUGAGCGGGAGUCACUGCGCAACGAGGAGAAUCCAUCAACCGGAUUCCGGUUUAGUGGCAACGGUUAUGUGGCAAUCGAUUCGAAGCCGUACACGUUCAAGCAGCAGUCCCAGCUGCAGUUCCAGUUCAAGGCACCUCCAGAGACGCGUGACGGUUUGCUGUUCUACGCGGGCAAAAACAAACACUUCAUUUCGGUCGAAAUGCGAAACGGUGCGGUAGUGUUCCAGUUCAAGCUUGGCCAGCACGCCCAGGCAGUGACGAUGGGAUCGAGCAGUGCGUUCAAUGACGACAAAUGGCACAAGAUUUCCGUCGAGCGGGAUGGCAACAUCGGCAAGCUGACCGUGGACGAUCGUGAGGUGUUCCAGCAGACGGGAUCGGCAGAUCACCAGCAGUUGCACAUCUCGGAAGCACUUUACUUCGGUGGUUAUCAUAGCCGAGUGAACCACUCGGAGGUUACGUCCAAGGGCUUCGACGGCUGUAUUGACGAUGUGUACAUUUUGGGCAACAAAGUGGACCUGAGCAUUAACCUAAAGGCGCUCGACGUGCGCCCGGGAUGUCCGAUGAAGUUCUCACCGCUUGUGUCGUUCCCGCCGCGCCAGUUCGGCUACGUCAGCCAGCCGGGCGUUGCUUCGGUGAACAGUCUGCAGGUUAAUCUGAAGUUCCGCACCACCCAAAGUGACGGAGUGCUCUUCUACACCACCACGUACGACCAGAGCGGUACGCUGGGAUUGGCCCUGCGGGAUGGUGUGCUAGUGCUGAGCAGUACCGGAAUGGAGCUUACCACCGGGGAUCGUACGUACAAUGAUGGGGAAUGGCACGCGCUAACUGCUGCCCACGAUCACGAUCGGUUGACGCUGCUGGUGGACGAUGACGAUCCACACUUUAGCCAAUAUCCGCCGCAACCGUUGUACAUUGAAAACGGUGACAUCUAUUUCGGAGGGCUGCCGAAGAAUUAUGUCACGGCAACUAAUGCGAUCGCGUCGAAUGCUUACUUCAUGGGUUGCAUUAGCGAUAUUACAGUGAACGGACAUAUUGUUAACUUCGCUACGCUCACCGACAAGAAGUCGGCCGUACUGGAUCAGUGCUCGCGGGAACUGUUUGCAGCUGGCGAUGUGCCGCUGUACUAUCCGAACGAUGGCAAGGAUCCAGAGGUAUUUGUGCAAAGCCGUUUUGAUGCGGAUCGCGAUCAGUCCGGUAGGUACGAUGAGGACGAAGAUAAGGAUGCAAGAACACCGGAUUACGGUAGACAGCCAACGACCGGUGCUCCGAGAGCUCCUCCGAGUGCGGCACCUGUCCCGACAAGCAGCAGUGCCACAACACCAUCUUCCACUACGACUACUACUACUACCACUACUACCACUACAACAACGAGACGUCCUAGGCCGGAUGAGCCGCAGCCAGUGUGCAGGCUACCGGUCACACCAGAUCAGGAUGUCGACUUCGAUUCCGGCUAUCGGUUCGGCACGGGUCAGUUCAGUCAUAUUGAGUUCAGCGAAGUGCCGCUCAAGAACAAACGGCAGUACGAUUUCUCGCUCAGCUUCAAGACGGAGUUCCCCGAGGGCGUCCUGUUUUACGUGGCCGAUCUGCGCCACACGGACUUCAUUGCGCUGCAUCUGCGCGAUGGUAAAGUGUUCCACUCGUUUAACUGUGGGUCCGGAUCGGCCAACAUGUCGUCCGAGCGACGGUAUGACGACAAUGAGUGGCACACGGUGCACUUUACGCGCCACAACAACAAGGGCAAGCUGGUAGUGGAUAGCGAGGACGAAUCGCAAGGUGAAUCGUCCGGCACUACGCGCACCAUGGCGCUGCAGGCACCGAUGUUUGUCGGUGGCGUAAGUGGCGACAAUUAUGAGGAGGUGGCACUUAAUCUUAAGAUGGACAAAAAUGUGCUGGAGCGGAACCAAUUCGUUGGAUGCAUUAACGACAUCGAAGCAAAUGGCCGCCCGUUAGCCGCACCUUCGAACAUUACUCGCACGAUUCCCUGCUCUACGCAGAUCGAAACGGGAACGUUCUUCGGCAAUGGUGGCGGUUUUGUCAAGCUGUACGAUAAGUUCAAGGUGGGCAAUGAACUGACCGUUAGCAUGGACAUUCGACCGCGCGCUCAGAGCGGUCUGCUUAUGUCCGUACACGGCCGCAAGGCGUACUUCGUGUUGGAGAUGAUCAAUGGCACGAUCAGUCUGUCGGUGAACAAUGGUGACGAGCCGUUCACUGCCACCUACACGCCACUGCCGGAGGAGAAUCUUUGCGACGGCCAGUGGCGCACAGUUUCCGCUAUCAAGUCGCAGUACGUGAUCACCAUCAAGGUGAACGAUGUCAGUUCGAAUCCUGCCAUCGGUGAUGCACGCUCCCCGUCGACCGAUACCACACGACCGCUAUUCCUGGGCGGACAUCCUCACUUACAGAGGAUUCGAGGAUUUGCUGCGCGAGUACCUUUCCAGGGAUGUAUACGCAACGUGAAGGUUCGUGAUACGGUCGAACAGAUUACACCAAAGAUGACGGUCGGCAAUGUGCAGACAGGCGUGUGCCCGACCAUUUAAGCAAACAGAUCUAUCUGGACGUAGAAUCGACGUUUGAACGUCUUCAAUAGACAAACAACCUUUUGAAUAACGAAUUGGGCUAACGUACCUUGGAAUGUGAUUAUGAACGACAGGAAGUAACGGAUGAUGAUAAUGAAAAUGCUGCUACACCAUGGACGUCUCUAAUUUGGAUAAAAACACAC